GCAAACUCUCUUUUCUCAGAAUUCUAAGAACCUCUGGCACAGGAGUGGUGGUGACUGUGAUGGAAGUUCCUCCCUAUGGGGACGUGGUGAAUAGCAAGACAGGGGGCGAGGAGAACCACCACCACGCCACGAGUGUUGUGGUCUCCGCCCUUCACCGCGGCCUGCACGAGUCUGACAAUGCUGCGUGUCGAGUGUUCAUCCUGGACCACACUGACGGCAAUGCCUCGGCGGCUGUCUGGUCAGUCUUCACAGGUGCUCGUUAGGUCAAACUUAUUUCAAGCUGCCUAGGAGUGUAAUUCUUUAAUAUUCUACACUUGAAUAUUGCAAUGAAUGCACAAUGCCGUGCAUAUAUGUGUGCAUGCACGCACAGGCUGCUGCGGCAGCGUGGGCUGUGGCUGCAGCCGAAGAUCCGCGUGCUGGUGCUGGGAAACACAAGUAACGUGGACGUGAUCCUGCAGCACUCAGCGCUGCGCAACACCCACCACGCCCUGUACAUCACAGCUGCCACACCCGCCGCGACACACGCACACUGGAUGGCAGCAGAGCUUCCUAGACUGUGCGGGGCUGUCAAGAUGUACCAGCGAUGUCUGCACUGCGGCAGCGGUCAGCCAUCAGUGCACCUCGUGCACCACUGGACCCUCGCAGGCGGUCUUCCCGAAAACCUCACCUUUUUUCAAGAUCGUGUCCGGCUGGCGGGACGCACACUGAGGGUUGUGGCUAAGAACUACUUUCCCUACUUCCGCUACGAGCGUGUGAGUGACGAGCCUGGCACUCUGGUACUACCCAGGGACUCCCUCAACGCGAGGAUGAUAGCGGCCAUCGCCACUGCAUACAACUUCACGUAUGUGGUGCGGGAGCCCGAGGAUGGGGAGUGGGGCUUGCCAGCUGGUGGCGGCAACUGGACGGGACUCAUCGGCACGCUGCAGCACGAGAAGGCGGACUUCUCGGUGGAUCUCACUGUUACCCGCCAGAGAGCAGAGGCAGUAGAUUUUUCCACAAUAUACAUCGAUGAACCAGGAGUUAUUCUGUCAUCAAAGCCGAAGCCUCUGCCUGAGUAUCUGUCGCUGGUCAGACCUCUGGAAGGAGAGGUUUGGGUGAGCGUGAUGGUCGGCGUCAUACUGUGGAGCACUUCUUUGUGGUUAAUGCAGAAGCUGGGCCAGAACGUUGUGCACGGACGGAGUAGUGCAAGUUUUGCUUCGUCUGUCUUCUAUGGGUGGGGUCUGCUGCUCGAGGAACACCCUUACCACCCUCCCGCCAACCUCUCUGGCCAGGCAAGACUAAGUCCCAUCCAACACAGUCAUCUAAAUACGCAAGAUUCACUAAUACUCGUAGGGUUUUGGCUAAUCGUCGGCUUCGUUCUGACAACGGCGUACAGAUCGUCCCUGAUUUCCCACCUGGUGGUACAGGACCUGUCGGAUGCGAUUGACAACAUGAACGAUCUUGCCGAGAGAGGGAAUAGCGAGGAUUGGACCUGGGGAGUCAGAAGGAUGACUGGAUCAUUUAAGGCAUAUCUAAGCUCGAGUCUGGAUCCUGCAAUGCUUGAAGUGUACCAGAAGAUGCAAACGGUCGGCAUCAGGGAAGGUCUGGACAAAGUAGUGAGAGGGGGCUUCUCUUACAUCUUCAACUAUUACUACAUCAAGCCUGUUAUCGAGACGGAGUACACGGACGGGAGAGGCUACACGCCCAUCUAUUUCAGCAAGACGCUCUAUCCUCUCUUCUCCGGAAACGCUUGGGCAUUUCGUCCCGGCGCUCCCUUCCAAGAGGAUCUGAGCCGAGGGAUACAGAAUAUCUUGGAGGGAGGCUUGGUCGCCUUCUGGAUGGAUGACGUCAUCAGAGGCUACGUGAAAGAGGAGGGGAAGAGAAGAGGGGAAGGCGGCACAGGAACACAGCAGCUUUCCUUCACCACGAGUGAAGACGAGGAAGCAGUGCUGCGGCUGACUCACAUGCAGGGCACAUUCUACACACUGCUCCUGGGCCACGCCGCCGCCUCAUUCGUCCACCUCGCCGAACACCUGCUGGCCUGCCGCUUGCUGAGUCACCCUGCUCGCGCUGCAGUCUCCUAAAUCGUGUGUUGCCCUGCUGCUACAUAAUGCACUGGGGGUGGUGCGUAUAUAACAUAUAUAUUUCUUUUAUAUAGCAGUCCUUAAAGGUCCGCUGUCUGCACCACUAUUCCUAGUGUAUAAAGAUAGU